AUGUAUUCCCAAGUAACUAAAAUAACUCCAUCAGAAGAGUUUAAGAAAAAGUGUGAGAGAGAGCUGAAAGAGCUGAAAAAACGCAAAAGAGCUGAAAGAGGGCAAGAAAGAGCUGUAUAUAUCAACUUUGUUGUUGAUAAAGCAAGUAAAGAAGUUACUACCUUGAAGGAUUAUGAGAGAUUUUCCUAUUACUUAGCAACAAUACUUGCAAAAAAGAAAGAAGUAGUUGCAAUAUGGCUAAGAGUUUCAUCAGAUCACUGUGAAAUUUACCUUUCUAAAAACUUCACUUGGGAAAGUCAAAAUGUUAAAUAUAUUGAUAAAAUUAUGAUGUAUUUGAAAGAUAUAUCAAAAAAUGCUUUCGCGUACUCAGACAGAAAUAAUAGUGCUUUUGCUGAAGCUGUAAUGGUAUACUGCUCUGCCAAACUUGAAUAUAGAUAUAAAAAACUUAGGGAUUAUAUUAAAAAAAAUGGUAGUAGUGAACACGUUAAAUCUUUUAAGAAUUUUUUUUGA